CCGGGCCCGCUCCGAGGCAAGAGGGCGGCGGCGCGCUUUUCCGACCCGCGCCCUCGAGAGCCCGCACGUCAUGGCGGGCCCCGGAACGCGGGGCGCGAGCCUCUCGGGCCUGCUGCCCGCGCAGACCUCGCUGGAGUACGCCCUGCUGGACGCCGUCACCCAGCAGGAGAAGGAUGACCUGGUCUACCAGUAUCUGCAGAAGGUGGACGGCUGGGAGCAGGACCUCGCGGUGCCCGAGUUUCCGGCAGGGCUGGAAUGGCUGAACACAGAAGAGCCCCUUUCUAUUUACAAGGAUCUCGGUGGGAAAGUGGUUGUCCUUGAUUUCUUCACCUACUGCUGCAUUAACUGUAUCCACCUGCUGCCCGAUCUCCAUGCGCUGGAGCGCAGAUUCUCUGAUAAAGAUGGCCUUCUGAUUGUCGGUGUUCACUCAGCUAAGUUUCCAAAUGAAAAGGUCCUGGACAAUGUCAAGAGUGCUGUCCUUCGAUAUGACAUCACUCACCCUGUGGUCAAUGACAGAGACGCCAGCCUUUGGCAGGAACUUGAAGUCUCCUGCUGGCCAACACUGGUCAUACUGGGGCCUCGUGGGAACAUGCUGUUUUCUUUGAUUGGAGAGGGACACAAAGAUAAACUGUUUUCAUAUACUGCUAUUGCUUUAAAGUAUUACAAAGACAGAGGACAGAUCAGAGAUGGAACAAUCGGGAUAAAACUCUUUAAAGAGUCUCUGCCGCCUUCCCCGCUGCUGUUCCCUGGAAAAGUAGCAGCAGACCACGCAACUGGUAGAUUGGUGGUGGCAGACACUGGGCACCACAGGAUCUUGGUCAUUCAGAAGAACGGGCAGAUUGAGUGCAGUAUUGGAGGACCUAACCCUGGAAGGAAGGAUGGAAUGUUCUCAGAAUCGUCCUUUCAUUCUCCACAGGGCGUAGCUAUAGUGAGUAAUGUCAUCUAUGUGGCCGACACUGAAAACCACCUCAUAAGAAAGAUUGACCUGGAUGCUGAGAAGGUGAGCACUGUUGCUGGCGUCGGCAUUCAAGGGACUGAUACGGAAGGCGGAGAAGAGGGCGAAAAGCAGCCUCUCAGCUCCCCUUGGGACGUCGUGCUUGGAGCCUCAGGUUCAGAGGUCCAAAGAAAUGACAUCCUGUGGAUAGCCAUGGCAGGAACUCAUCAGAUAUGGGCGCUCCUCCUGGAGUCUGGCACACUGCCAAAGAAAAGCGAGCUGAAAAAAGGGACCUGUCUUCGCUUUGCUGGAAGUGGAAAUGAGGAGAAUCGAAACAACGCGUAUCCCCACAAGGCGGGUUUCGCCCAACCUUCCGGUCUCUCUCUCGCCUCCGCAGAGCCCUGGAGCUGCCUCUUUGUGGCGGACAGUGAGAGCAGCACAGUGAGAACCGUCUCGCUCAGAGAUGGAGCUGUGAAGCACCUUGUGGGAGGAGAACGAGACCCCAUGAAUCUAUUUGCUUUUGGUGAUGUUGAUGGAGUAGGCCUCGGUGCAAAGCUGCAGCAUCCACUGGGGGUCGCAUGGGAUGAGAAGAGGAGCGUGCUGUAUGUGGCGGACUCCUACAAUCACAAGGUUAAAGUUGUGGAUCCAAAAACAAAAGACUGUACAACCUUAGCAGGGACUGGAGAUGCAAAGGACGUCAGUUCCAGUUUCGCAGAGUCAGCCUUUAAUGAGCCCGGAGGCUUGUGCAUCGCUGAGAGUGGUCGGCUGUUAUACGUAGCAGACACUAACAAUCACCAGAUCAAAGUGAUGGAUUUAGAAACAAGAACAGUUUCCGUGCUGCCGAUCUUCAGCUCUAGCAGUGCGGUGGUAGACGGCCCCUUCUCUGGAGAAAAGCAGAAGACUGUGCCCAAAGUGCCGAAGUCUGCCCCAAACAUUAGCCUGCCCCCUGUGACUGUGCACCCUGGCCAGACUCUGCAGCUCCAGCUUAAGCUAGCCCUUCCCUCAGGGACAAAGCUGACGGAAGGUGUGCCCAGCUGCUGGUUCCUGACAGCUGAAGGCAAUGAGUGGCUUCUUCAAGAACAGGUCCCGUCUGGAAACAUAGAGAGUAUUUCCAGUCAACCAACAAUUUCCCUACAGAUUCCUACCGAGUGCUUGUCACUUGAAGCUGUGAUAUCUGUCGCUGUGUUUCUGUAUUACUGUAGUGCAGACAGCAGUGCCUGCAUGAUGAAGGGGAUUCUGUUCAGGCAGCCUUUGCAGAUAACCAGCACCCAGCCAGGCUGUGCAGCUCCUGUAGAGCUCGCACAUAUAUUCUAGAAAGCCAGCCAGCAGCCCCUCACCACAGCCCCUGUCCAUCCUGCCAUCUGUCACUUAGGGACAAAAGCAUUAUAGAAACCCAUUGCUCAGUUGUAAUAACUGAUACCAAAAUAAAGUUGUGCUCCUUAUUAACAUUAUGAUUCUAAACCAGUUCCUUCAUUUUAGCUCUGCACUAACCAAGUCAUCAAGCAUCGUGUGAACCACAGUGCUGUGAGCGUU